GCGCCGCAGGCCACGCCCCCUUUUGCGUUCCCAGCGCGAGGCCCGAAUGGCGGCAGGCAGGCGCCCGGCGGCCGGCCCUCGGUCGAGAGCUGCCAUGGCCCAGUGGAGGAAGAAGAAGGGGCUCCGGAAGCGCCGAGGCACGGCCUCCCAGGCCCGCGGCAGCGACUCGGAGGACGGCGAGUUUGAGAUCCAGGCGGAAGAUGACGCCCGGGCCCAGAAGCUGGGACCUGGCAGACCCCUGCCCACCUUCCCCACCUCAGAAUGCACCUCAGAUGUGGAGCCGGACACCCGGGAGAUGGUGCGUGCCCAGAACAAGAAAAAGAAGAAAUCUGGAGGCUUCCAGUCCAUGGGCCUAAGCUACCCGGUGUUCAAAGGCAUCAUGAAGAAGGGGUACAAGGUGCCGACGCCCAUCCAGAGGAAGACCAUCCCAGUGAUCUUGGAUGGCAAGGACGUGGUGGCCAUGGCCCGGACGGGCAGUGGCAAGACGGCCUGCUUCCUCCUCCCCAUGUUCGAGCGGCUCAAGACCCACAGUGCCCAGACUGGGGCCCGUGCCCUCAUCCUCUCGCCCACCCGAGAGCUGGCCCUGCAGACCCUGAAGUUCACUAAGGAGCUAGGCAAGUUCACUGGCCUCAAGACUGCCCUGAUCCUAGGUGGAGACAGGAUGGAAGACCAGUUUGCAGCCCUGCACGAAAAUCCCGACAUAAUUAUUGCCACGCCCGGACGGUUGGUGCAUGUGGCUGUGGAAAUGAACCUGAAGCUGCAGAGUGUGGAAUACGUGGUGUUCGAUGAAGCCGACCGGCUUUUUGAAAUGGGCUUCGCAGAGCAGCUGCAGGAGAUCAUCGCCCGCCUCCCUGGGGGCCACCAGACGGUGCUCUUCUCCGCCACGCUGCCCAAACUGCUGGUGGAAUUUGCCCGCGCUGGCCUCACAGAGCCUGUGCUCAUCCGGCUUGACGUGGACACCAAGCUCAACGAGCAGCUGAAGACCUCCUUCUUCCUCGUGCGGGAGGACACCAAGGCUGCCGUGCUGCUCCACCUGCUGCGCAACGUGGUGCGACCCCAGGACCAGACCGUGGUGUUUGUGGCCACGAAGCACCAUGCCGAGUACCUCACUGAGCUGCUGACGACCCAGCGGGUGAGUUGCGCCCAUAUCUACAGUGCCCUAGACCCGACAGCCCGCAAGAUCAACCUUGCCAAAUUCACGCUUGGCAAGUGCUCCGCCCUCAUUGUGACUGACCUGGCCGCCCGGGGCCUGGACAUCCCGCUGCUGGACAAUGUCAUCAACUAUAGCUUCCCUGCCAAGGGCAAGCUUUUCCUGCACCGUGUGGGCCGUGUGGCUCGGGCUGGCCGAAGUGGCACAGCCUACUCCUUGGUGGCCCCUGACGAAAUUCCCUACCUGCUGGAUCUGCACCUGUUCCUGGGCCGCUCCCUUGCCCUUGCCCGACCCCUCGAGGACCCCUCAGGUGCGGCCGGUGUGGAUGGCAUGCUGGGUCGGGUGCCACAGAGUGUGGUGGACGAGGAGGACAGUGGCCUGCAGAGCACCCUGGAGGCAUCGCUGGAGCUACGGGGCCUGGCCCGCGUAGCCGACAACGCCCAGCAGCAGUAUGUGCGCUCGCGCCCAGCGCCCUCACCCGAGUCCAUCAAGAGGGCCAAGGAGCUGGACCUUGUGGGGCUGGGCCUGCACCCCCUCUUCAGCUCGCGUUUUGAGGAGGAGGAGCUGCAGCGGCUGAGGCUGGUGGACAGCAUCAAGAACUACCGCUCCCGGGCGACUAUAUUUGAGAUCAACGCCUCCAGCCGAGACCUGUGCAGUCAGGUGAUGCGCGCCAAGCGGCAGAAGGACCACAAGGCCAUCGCCCGCUUCCAGCAGGGACAGCAGGGGAGGCAGGAGCAGCAGGAGGGCCCAGUGGGCCCAGCCCCGAGCUGCCCAGCACUGCAGGAGAAGCAGCCUGAGAAAGAGGAGGAGGAGGAGGAGGAGGCGAGAGAGAGUGUGGAGGACAUUUUCUCAGAGGUCAUGGGCCGGAAGCGGCAGCGGUCAGGACCCAACAGGGGAGCCAAGAGGCGGAGGGAGGAGGCCUGGGAGCGGGACCAGGAAUUCUACAUCCCCUACCGGCCCAAGGACUUCGACAGCGAGCGGGGCCUGAGCAUCAGCGGGGAAGGGGGAGCCUUCGAGCAGCAGGUGGCUGGUGCUGUCCUGGACCUGAUGGGGGACGAAGCCCAGAACCUGACGAGGGGCCGGCAGCAGCUCAAGUGGGACCGUAAGAAGAAGCGGUUUGUGGGAAAGUCAGGACAGGAAGACAAGAAGAAGAUUAAGACAGAGAGUGGCCGCUACAUCAACAGCUCCUACAAGCGAGACCUCUAUCAGAAGUGGAAACAGAAACAGAAAAUUGAUGAUCGUGACUCGGACGAAGAAGGAGCAUCUGACCGGCGAGGCCCAGAGCGAAGAGGUGGGAAGCGAGGCCGUGGCCAAGCAGGUGCAUCCCGGCCCCACACCCCAGGCACCCCUGCAGGCUGCGUCCGCCCGGAACUCAAGACCAAGCAGCAGAUCCUGAAGCAGCGGCGCCGGGCCCAGAAGCUGCGCUUCCUGCAGCGUGGUGGCCUCAAGCAGCUCUCUGCCCGCAACCGCCGCCGCGUCCAGGAGCUGCAGCAGGGCGCCUUCGGCCGGGUCGCCCGCUCCAAGAAGGGCAAGAUGCGGAAGAGGAUGUGAGGACCGGGACCCAGCUCCGUGGCUCCUUGAUUGGCCUUAGGGUGGGCAUCGGCAGACGUUCCUGUGCACCACUGUGUGCCUGGCCCAGUGCUGGGCACUGGGGGCACUCCCUGCAGGAGCCAUCGUCCGUGAAAAGGAGCACUGUAUGGCCACGGAAGGGCAGCAGCUGCGUCAGCCUAAGACAGAGACAUUUGAGCAGGGCCUUGAAGGGUGUGUAGGAGUUCGGCAGCAAAGCCAGGCAGGCCAAGACCUGAGUUGGCAACUCAGCUGCUGCUGCUUCCAUGUGUUCUGGGUUCAGAGGUCAUGGCUGCACCAGUCAGAGCCCUGAGUGCCUCAGGGUUUGGCGAUGGAAUUUUUAAUAUAAUAAAUCUUUGUUGAGCACUGCUGGUGGGCCAGGAGUGCAGUCUACUUGGGGAGUUGGAAUGGAGAGACCCAGGUACUAAAAUCCCAGCUAAUGUGGCAGAGGAGUUGUGGGUCUCCCCAGGGUAGGUUCUGCUGCUGUGUCCAUUUAGCGAUGAGGAAAUUGAGGCUCAGAGCACAAGCCAGGUGCCGGAGGUGGGAGUUGGUCCGCCUUCCUCCCACCGGGACAUGGUCGCAGCUGGGAGUGGGCUGUGGGAGGGGAACAGGAUGUGCAGCCCCGGGGCAAGGGCACAGCUGCUCCCCUCUGGCUAUGAAGAGGUUAACUCGGCCCCUCCACACCUGGAGGUCAGAACCUGGCCUGCCCUCUGUCUUCUCACCACCCACCCCCUGUUUGAGGUUCUGAGAAGGUCAAGGGUGGCCCUAGCAGCUGAAUUCUCAGGCUGGGCCCCUCACCUGGCAGAGUCCAUAGUGGAGGGGCCUUGGUGAUCUCUCAUCUAGCAUGGACCCUGCUCUGAGACCUGACAAAGAGCUUUUUUCAUGCCCCAGCCACCCUGGCAGGGAGGGCCUGGUCUGAUCUCAUUUUAGAGGCAGUUGCCCCACACAUAGCCCCUUGACCUUCCCAUCACCUCCUCAUCAGGGCAUGUACUUAUUGAGUGCUUGCUAUGUGCCCCUCAUGGCAGGCCCACAGCACUCUGAACAGGCACAGCCCUCCCAUCUUCCCAAUGAGGAAACAGAUUCAGGAAGAGCCACUCAGUCCACACCCCAAUGGAAAUGGGGGCCCUCCUAUCUCAGGGUCUCUUAGGGAUCCCCUCUCCCGCUACUCACCUGGGUCAGGGCUAGGAGGCAGGGGCCGCAGGCUCAGCCUGACCCAGGCCAGCCAGCAUGGCAGAGAGGUCCUGCAUGAACAGCUUCACCUGGGGGGGAGCCCACCACGAAGUCACAUCCCAGCCCCAGAGCCACUGUCCAGCCCCCAUCCCUCAACACGCGGGGAGGCCAAAAGGCAGGGUGGGGACUGGAGACCCCCUCAUUAAAAGAACAGCAGUGAUGGUGGUUCCCAGAGGCGGUGACUGAGAUCCUAAACUGUUCUGCGUUUUAAAAGCCUCAGGCUAACCUUCCCAACUGCUGCGUGAGCAGACACCUUCACAGCUUCCUUGCUGCUGUCACCUGCACUGUCCAAUUAGUAUUUUCAUUUAUAUCAAUCAGCUUUAUUUUCUUGUACCUGGAUCAGUCAUAUUCAUUGGUUUGUGAUCUACUCUUAUCUCCAUGGGUGGCCGUCCUUUAUUGUGUUUUAAUUAACUUCUGUAUGAAUAUGAACUUAAUGAAUGCCAUGGAUCUAUUGUAAAAACUAGGACUUGAGGGUGAACUUACAACCAUCUGUGGGCUCCCCUCAUAUUCGUCAUUGUAUCAACAACUGAGAAGGAAACUUUAUCUCCACCAAAAAUGGAGAAAAAUAAUUACCCCUUGUCCUAACUAGGGGGCAACUGGAAAAAUAAUGAAAAUGCAAUGAAUAAAUGAAGCUGUUACUGAA